AUGGGCUGGCUAUGGACAUCCUCAUCCAGCAAAGCUGAGCCGCAACAACCCACCCCAAGCUCAAUACCCAUACGCUCCGAGCCCGCGCCCUCACCACCUGCAAACACCAACGAAGCAUCCUUCAAUGAGGCGUUCCCACACUUAGCACCUACGCCCUCGCAGCCCUCCCAAUCACCAAACACUUCUGCUUCCACUGAAACCGACAACGACCCCUCGCUCCCUACAACAAUGUCCUGCCGCGCCGCCUUCGACGCCGCCUUCUACUGCUCGUCCUUGGGUGGCCACUUCAACGACAUCUACCGCUACGGCCACCUGCGCUCGUGCAGUGAGCACUGGGCCGAUUGGAGGUUCUGCAUGAGUUUGACGGGAGCAUCUAGCGAGGGCCGCGCGAACGCGAUACGAGAGCGAUAUAGGGAAAAGGACGCGAAAGUCAAGAAAGCGCCGAACAGUGAAGAUGUAUGGAAGCGGAGGGGACCGGGGGAGAUGAUUGAAAGGCCGUUUAGGUUUGCGGAGGAAGAGAGCCUGAGAGUGGAGAAGGCGUAG